GCUGUCACUUCUACAUAGCUCUAUCAAAUGGUCGGGUUAUAUUUGUGUGGGUGUAGAAUAUUGAGGUUAUAGCGAAUUGAAUUAAAAAUAAUUUAUUGAAUUUAGACUGUAUAAAUAACUGCUCAAUGAAAAGCCGCCCAAAAUGGCUCUGCUUGGCGCUCAACUGGUUAUAACUCUGAUAAUGGUCUCAGUGAUACAAAAACUAGGGAAUUAUUCGUUCGCAAGGUGGCUAUUAUGUUCGACAGGGUUGUACCGGUACUUGUAUCCCGAUAACAAUGAGUUGAAGGCUUUGGCUGGUGUACCAAAGGACAAGCCAAAGGGAAAGAAAGGAGGGAAACAUGAGCCGAAUGGGAAGGCAGAGACAUUCCAUGUUCCUCGGAGCCUUGAGAUACAGCUGGAGACGGCGCCGGUGACGGCUUUGGACGUGAUACACUUGAGAUAUUACACGGAGUAUCAGUGGAUAGUAGACUUUUCACUUUACACCAGUAUUGUGUAUAUUUUGUCAGAGGUCUACACUUCAAUAUUUCCGCUGAAAGAUGAGUUCAACCUGAGUAUGGUGUGGUGCUUGCUGGUGGUUCUCUUCUCAUUUAAGAUCCUGCUCACCCUAACCAAGCAGUACUUCACCAGCGAAGAGUCCAUCGGGGAGCGGUCCACCUGCAUCGUGGCAUUCUGCGUGUUCCUUCUCAUCGCUAUGAUGGUGCUGAUUGUGGACGAGAGCAACCUGGAGGUCGGGGUGGACCCGGCUUAUGACAGCUUUUAUGAGAAUGCCCAUAAGUUUCUGGAGAACCAGGGGCUUUCGUCCGUAGGUCCAGCAUCCAAGUUGAUCUUGAAGUUCUCAUUUGCCAUCUGGGCCGCCAUCAUCGGGACCCUGUUCACGUUCCCCGGACUGCGAGUGGCCAGGAUGCAUUGGGACUCACUAAGAUACUACGGCGACAACAAACUGAAGAGUUGCCUCCUGAACGUUAACUUCGCAAUGCCUUUUGUGCUCGCGCUACUGUGGGUCCGGCCCGUCACCCGGCACUAUCUCACCGUCCGCGUUUUUAGCGGCAUGGAUAAACCUUUAAUGACAGGGGCCGCCUUCGACACCCUGCGACUAACUCUAGUAGCGGCAACAGUAGUCCUACGCCUAUGUCUAAUGCCACGCCAACUACAAUCCUACUUAGACAUGGCGCAGAGGAGAUUAGACGCGCAAAGGAAAGAAGCUGGGCGAAUUACUAACGUGGAUUUGCAGAAAAAGGUGGCCUCAGUAUUCUACUACCUCUGCGUUGUCGCGCUCCAAUACAUCUGCCCCAUCAUAAUGUGCCUCUACUUCGCGCUCAUGUACAAAACCUUGGGCGGCUACGGCUGGGCCGACCUGUUCUAUGAGAGAGACGAAAUGUGCAGUCCAGAGGACAAGAAGGUCCUUCCAGAAGGACUGGAUUUAGAGCAGUAUCAGAUGGCUUGGGAGAAUCUUAAGAUGGUAUUUACUCAAGAAGUAUACCGAGGCGUGUUCGGGUUCGCGACGUGGUGGUCGCUCUUCGCGUGGUUCGCGACUACAUCGCUGGGGCUCGCCUACCAGACGUACUUCCGCAUCUCGUGAUACCCUGGUACCACCGGAUUAUGUUACAGUAGGGUUUUGAAUCUUGUUUUAUAGGUUUAAGGUCCAAAAUAGAAUGAUUUGCCGAAAGCUUUCAAAAUUGCGAAAUUUCCAAAAAAUACGAUUCCGAUUCGGGGAACUAAAAUUCCGUCGUUCGCGUGGUUCGCGACAACGUCGCUGGGUCUAACACACGUACAAACCCCACGUACCUACCAGACGUACUUCAGCAUCUCGUGAUACCCUGGUACCGCCGGAUUAUGUUACAGUACGGUUUUGAAUCUGUUUUAUAGGUUUUAAGGUCCAAAAUGGGAAUUGCAGUAGAUUCAGAUCUGGUGAUACUUUAAACAAUACUAUUUUUCUCGUUAAUUACCUACUAUUAUAUCCUGAAUAAUCAACGCGGUGACAAAAAAAUAUUGACCGGGGUUUUGUCGCGGAGAACAAAUAAAUUGUAUAAUGUGGACGUGUCUUUUCUAACCGCUAUGAUUGUCUAUAUCUAUAUUCAUAAACAAUUAAUACAAACGUCCAAACUGUGCCGUAGGCCAAUCAAAUUAGAUCUAUAAAUAUUGUUUUGGAAAUUAAUUCUUCAAAAAAUCUAAUUUGUUUGGCCUACCGGUAGUGUUUUUAGCUAUUAUACUUAUAUUGCCCAAAAUUAAUUGUUUUGUGGCCAGGAGAGUAGUGCUUGUUUAUAUUGAUAAUUAUGUGAGCUCGAGGUACCUAAUAAAAUCACAUUUUUAUCAAUAUGUAUGAAUGUUCAAUAAUUUCAAUAUGUAAGUUAUAAUAUUUAUCUUGGUUUGUUCGGCUAUUGAUUGACGUUUAAUAUGUAUGUAUUGUGUUUUAGUAUAUCCCAGACUGCGUUUGUGUAUAUCCCAGACGAUUUCUGUUGAAUAUCGGUAUGUUUAGCCAAUUUUGCAUUUGACUGUACAUUUAGAAAAUUGUGUCAAAAUUUCUAUUUAUUAGUGCUUCUAGUCUAGUCAUAUUGUUCAGUCAGCAUGAUAUAAUAUUCGUAAGAAUAACCUUUUUUAUGUACAACAUAUUACUUUUAUCGUUGACUGUACUGUUUGUGUAGAUAAUGUAGAUAUAGAUCC